UGCGGGGACUCCCCGAGCCCCGCCCCGCCCCGCCCCCCGGGGUCCCAGCGAGGGCCCCGGCAGAGGCAGAGGCGGCGCCUGCGCCUUGCCGCCCGAGAACCACCAGUGGUUCUCAACUCCGCUCUGAAGAUGGCGGACCACGCUUUUGCGGGUAUCAGUGGCAACACAUCUUUGAGGAGUCUACGCGAACGCUUGGCUGCCAUGGCUCAAGAACUAGCUGAAGAACGGCGACGUAAACGUGGUAUUAAUUCUUCUGCAGUUACUACUAAGAGAUCGUCAUGUACACCUGUUUUAGAUGGUUCUGUCCUUAAAAAUGAUAUCAAACAGCAAUUAGCCAAAGAACGCAGAGAAGAGAGGAAACGUCAGCAAGAGGCCAACAAGGAGAAACAACUGCUUGAGAAAGAACAAAAGGCUAAGGUACAGUAUGAAAAACAGUUGGAAGAAAGACACCGCAAACUGAGAGAACAGAAGGAAAAGGACGAACGCCGCCGAGUAUCUGCAGAAGAAAAAAGAAAACAGAAGCAGGCGGAAGACAAAGAAAAAUUCAAGGCUGUUGUGUCUCGUACAAUGGAGCGAUGCAAUCGUGUUGACCAACGACAGAAAAGGUGGUCGUGGGAGGGCGGUGCGACCAACAUUGACAAAUCUGGAAAAACAGAGAGUAAACGAAGUUCCUCUCUGAAUAGAAAAGACAACCAGUUACAUCCCAAUGUUGCUAUGGGACACAUGGACAACACGCCUGGAAUGACCAAAUACGUUUUCCGCUAUGUGACUGUACCAAUGUUUACCAGUGAUGAGCUAAAGUCUUCCACAAUGUUCUGUAAAUCAUCCGUGAAAAUGCCAGUUCCACCAAAAUUAGAAAUAACACCCACAAAGAAAGUAGAAACACCUCUCAAGGAAGAUGCAGAAAGACUAGCAAAGGUGAAUGCAGAAACUCUACCCAAGAUGAACAUGAAAGUACCCUCUCAGGCAAACUUGGAAGGACCAUCUAAGGCUAAUUUGGAAAUAGCAUUCCAGAAUAUGGAGGACAUCUCUGAAGUGAAGGUGGACGUUUCCCCUAAGGUGAAUAACGAAGUACUCGCUGAUGUGAACUCAACAAGGCACCCAGAAUCAAAUGGUGAAGAAUUACCCACAGUGAAUGUGGAUGCCUCCUCAAGUGUUGAACCAUCCCCCGUCGUGAGUGAGGAUUCAUCCCCUGUCCUGAGUACGGGGUCAUCCUCCUUUGUGAGUGUGGAAAUAUCUCCAGUUGUCAGCAUGGAUGCCUCACCUGAGGCAAGCGUAGAUACCUCACCAGAAUUAAGUACGGACUCAGUAAGUGCUGUGGCCUCAGAAGGAAAUCUAGAAACAUCUCCUAAGACCAGCGGGGAGUUAAACCUUGAGACAAGUGUGGAAGCACGACCUAGGAUGAAUGUUGAAGCCUCGCCACCCAAGAACCCAGAAGUUGGCAAAAGAAGCAUAAACCUUACCACCAAGAAACAACUACCAUCCCAUAUACCAUGUUACAGAUGGCCAUCAUCCCCCGCACUUGGGUGGCGCCCACCUUCUCCCAUGAAGGCUGUGCAGAAUCAAAAGAUCCGACCUCCAUCUCCUCUACCAGUCUCAUCAAGACUAUCAGCGAAGACUUCUCUAUUGUAUAAAGUAACCCCGGUUCAGAAUAUCCUGUAUGUGCCAAAUGCAUUAAGUAUGAUAACAAAGAAAAAAGAAAAGCGUAUGAUCAACACAGAAUUUGGCAAUAGAAGUAUGCCAAGCAGUGAAUCGGCCAAGAACGUUUCCGUAGAGAUGCACCAUGCUGCUUUUGAACAAAAAGGCAACAAGGAAAGUGGAGGAGUCCAGAAAGAGACAAAGCAAAGUGUUGCUAAAAAAUCACAAGGUCUGGCAGAGAGAGCGGAUGAAGUCCCAGCAGAAUUCUCACCUCGCAAAGAUGAGCAGCAAGCAAAAGAUCUGGCAAUGAGACAUUUCGAGCCACCGGAAGAGCAGAAAGGACAGCUACAGAAAGGGAACAACACCAUGAUGAAAUCUCAAGACAUUGCUGAAACAAGAAAGAAGGAACAGGAAAAGAUUAUGCUACAAAAUUUGCAAGAAAGAUUAGAAAGGAAAAAGAGGGUUGAAGAAAUAAUGAAGCGGACACGGAAGACAGAUGUGAGUGCCUCAAAGGCUUCAGAAAUAUCUGGUAAUUGCCUGUCUGAAGAGGAUGAAGCUGAUGAUGAAGGCGAAACAGAAAGUGAUGAGGACUCCCUUGAGAUGUUCCCACCAGGAAUGAAAACAUUAACCAAGCACAAAAAGUACCACAAAAAUGCCAAAAGAAGGCCCCCAAAGCUAGUGUUUUUGCAAGCGGGAUCGGGUAAGGUUGAUAUGGAGAAGAAAAUACAUUUUAAUGGGAACACGAAAACUGCCAAACAAAACGACCCAAAGGACUCUACGACUCAAGCAAGGGGCAUUAAAAUGCCUACCAAAAAACCACCUACCCGAACAGUGAGAACCAGAAAAACAAGGGAAGCCAAUCCCACCAUCCGAUCUGCUCUAAGUGUCACCACCAAUCAGGAGUGGGUUUGUGACAAAAUUAUAGACUUUAGUCACAUGACUGAAUCACCUGUCACAAAGACCACUGCUGGUAGCAGCAGACACAAUUCGAAGGAUUCUAUGACAGCUCACCAAGCUCCUCAGGCACCUUUGGACAGUAAGAAGAGAGGCAAAUCUGUUUCUGCUCCUUUGACGAAGGUUUUGUCGCACCUUAAUCUAGCUGGAGGAACAACUGAUCUCGAAAAUCCCUUUUCCUAUGGCUGUUCCAGGAUGGCAUUUGGAGGAGAGGAAGAAGACAGUGAUAUAUAAACCCCAUGGAGCCUAGGGGAUUGAUCAUCUUCCACAUUAAAACUCCCAAGGCCAAGACUCAAAAUUGUCUUCUCCAUACUUGAAACUGGUAAAGGAAUUUACCAUCAAAAAACAGGAAAACAAAAAAUCCCAUGCAAUGGUCACCUUGUUCUCUAGUAAGAGUUUUAAGUAAAAAGAUUUCUGUUUUCCUUGACAAAA